AUACAAACGCGUUUAAAAACGCAAGCGGGCGCUGUUUCUUAAUGCACUACUGCUGACUGUCAGCAGCACACCCUCUUGUGGAGUUGUUGGUUGCCUGCCUGGCGUUGCCAAGGAAGUCAAGUAAGUUUGCUUCUUCAGCGAGCUGGAGGUGAAGGAGAGCUGCUUCACCCUCAAAAUAUGUCAUUUUAUACUUCUCACAUAUGUAUAUUUAUACUUUGCAAAGGGAAGAACGCUACAUUUUGAGUGUAGCGGUAGCUAACAGAUGUGUGACCAUCGUGUGACAGGGAAUUUAACAUCGCUUUGAGGGACAGAGAUAUCAAUGUCAGCUGGAAUCACUCAUCAGAAUAGUAGCGCACUAUUAAUGAAUUUCAGUCUUAGUUCACGUUUGAUCGGAGCUUAUUUUUUAAUAAUAGUUGUGUUUUUAUUUUUACUGUUUGUACAGUAAUGUUGCUAGUUGUAGCCUAUUGGUUGUUGUUGAUAACAUUGUUAAUUUAAGACGCCUGUUUAAUACAUAGAUGUCUUUUGCUAAAUAGACAUUUUGUUAGAUGUUUAAUGUAUUAUUAAUCCGUUGAUGUUUUAAUACAGCCUAACGUAGGACUGCAACUAACUGUUUAUGUGUUUCUGCAAAGCAUUCUUCCUCUUAUCAUCACCUUUUAGCUGUUAACACCAGGAUGUAAUCAUCUGAGUAUCAUGGGACUUGUUUACAUCUAAAACCAAGUCUGCCAAUAGGAUGAGUGAGCAUGGAGACAGCAUCGUCCCAUUUAACCCCACAGAACUCAGGUCAGGAGAACCAGCUUGUAAAACAGAUAUUACUGUUCUAAGUGUAGACCUGAGGACAGAGAAGAGCAACAAGGAGGAGCUCAAAGACAUCAAGAAGCCAUAUGAAGGUAGCAGUCUACUUCAGGAUGAGCAUAACAACGAUGCCAAGCUUAGUCCAUUUAAGCCUCAACCUCCCUCUCUUCCGAAGCCUGUGGGAUUGGGAAUGGGGGGUAAAAACAUCUCAUUUGAAGAGAAGGUGAGGGGGAGAAGAUUGAGGAACAGCCAGCAGAGUCUCACCGACCCAGGCGAGACGGGCUCUUCCACCGAUUCGCUUAAAGAAGACUCCUCAUCAAAUGGCCAAGGCCUUGCAUCCGGACAUCCCCUCGAUCUCCCACCCAUGGAGACACCACCGUUCAGGACCGGUAGCUUCUCAGAGACUGACAAUGAGCAUAGUGAUCCAAAUAAAGAGCGUUUGAAACCGUCCAGAAUUAUUCUGUCCCCACUGCAGACCAGUGGCACAUAUCCUCCUCUGGAGAACAGCGCAGCCUCCACGUCCUUAAGGACAGCUAAUCGGAUUGACAGGGAUUGUUUGGAUUACAGUGCGGUGGGGAGAAGGGGGCGGUCGGAGAGGCUUCAGAGGAAUCUGAGCGAUAGCCGGCUGUUGGACACCAUGGUGUCAGACAGUGCCUCUGUCCAUUCCAUGAAGUCCACCUAUAGCGUUCUGAACCCCAUCAGACCCCGGGAUGUGAGGAACAGGAGCUUUCUGGAGGGCAGUGUUUUGGGUAACGGUGCCUUGCUGGGGGCAGAAGAGCUAGACCGCUACUUCCCAGAGAGACGGCUCGGUAUCUACAUCGCCACAUGGAACAUGCAGGGAGAGAAGGGUCUUCCAUACAACCUAGAUGAUCUGCUGCUCCCAACCGACACAGACUUUGCACAGGAUGUCUAUGUCAUAGGAGUUCAGGAAGGGUGUCCGGAUAGGAGGGAGUGGGAGAUCCGCCUGCAGGAAACUCUUGGGCCAUAUUACGUGAUGCUGUAUGCAGCAGCCCAUGGCGUUCUCUAUCUCACUAUAUUUGUCAGGAGAGAUCUCAUAUGGUUCUGUUCAGAGGUGGAACAUGCUACAGUCACAACCAGAAUUAUUUCUCAGAUUAAGACUAAAGGAGCUGUGGGUAUCGGCUUCACUUUCUUUGGGACAUCCUUCCUCUUUAUUACGUCCCAUUUCACCUCUGGAGAUUCUAAAGUAUAUGAGAGGAUCUUAGAUUACGACAAAAUCAUAGAAGCUUUGGCACUUCCUAGAAACCUUCCUGAUACCAACCCUUACCGCUCCACAACAUCUGAUGUCACAACCCGGUAUGAUGAAGUCUUCUGGUUUGGAGAUUUUAACUUCCGGCUGAAUAAAGCCAGAGGAGAGGUGGAGGCCAUUCUGAAUCAGGGUGUGGGCGCAGAUAUGAGCCCACUAUUACAACAUGACCAGCUGUUGAAAGAGUUGAAAGAAGGUUCCAUUUUUCAAGGGUUUCAGGAAGCAGCUAUUCAGUUUCCUCCUACGUACAAGUUUGACAUUGGUUGUGACGUCUAUGACACCACCACAAAGCAGAGAACACCCUCAUAUACAGAUCGGAUUCUGUAUCGAAACAGACAAGCAGAUGACAUUAAAGUGGUCAAGUAUACAUCUUGCUCGUCCAUUAAGACAUCAGAUCACCAGCCUGUCAUUGGCAUGUUUCAGGUCAAACUUCGUCCAGGCAGAGAUAACAUUCCUUUGGGUGCUGGCCAGUUUGACAGGAGCCUGUAUCUAGAAGGAAUCCGAAGGAGAAUCACCAGGGAGCUGAAAAAGAGAGAGGCAGCCAUGAAAAACCAGAAUAACAGCACGGUUUGCAGCAUAUCCUGAUCAGGGACCAGCGUGCGAGAGCCGUAGGGUGCUAAAACGGAUCCUUUCAGACACCAAGGUAGUGACUUGGAAAGCUGGACUUUCGGGAGCAAAGGAUAACUCAGUACUACAGAUGGCAAGUGCACAGUCCAGGGACUAAAAUACUUCUGCUGGACAUUUAGCAGCUAGUAUUGGAACUAUAAAAUAUUAUAUAAAUAUACAUUUUACUGACCAGAGUAAGUGAAGUUAACUGUACUGUACAUCCGUUAUUCCUAAUUCAUUUUUUGUAUUAUUUCAUAUUCUGGUAUUUAACUUGCAAGCCAAAAUGGUCUGUUCUGUGUAUGGUUUCAAAUGAUAGUGUUUCAUGGCCUUGUUAAACCAUUAACUGGUACUGUAAACACAUACCAGUACCAGGUAGCUGAUCCUGCUCAUUUUAUUGGCUCCUGAGUCUCAUUUUUGAAGUUUUACUUAAUGUGCUAACAGUUGUACUCCUUUAUAAAAGGGAACUGUACUGUAGCAUCAUUACCAGCAUAAUGAGGUAGAAUUUGUGUUAGCAGCUGUUUUUAUUUAUGGAUUGUCAUUGGUAGGUCAAUGUGGGAUCAUGUAGAGGCUGACCUUGGGUUAAAUUGUGUGCAGAAUCUUAAGUGAGGAGGCACAGACUAUACUUGAGUUUACUGCCUUAACAUAUCCAAUUUAAUUCAGCUUACUUGAUGUCAAGUGUGAUAUAUGGGAGCAGGAACGACCAUAGUAUUGGUAUUGCUUGCGCAUGGAUCUCAGUGACUGUGGUGUAAUAGUAAGUCAUGCAUUCACAUCAUGAAUUUCAGUUCUAUUUGUACUGAAAGUGCCUGCGAUCUCUCUCAUGACUGCCUCAGUGACUUCAAAUACAUUCUGCUGUUUAAAACCAAACAAUAGCCUGUUAUAAAUGUUUGUUUACUAUGUAAAGUAAUAUAAAAACUCAUACUUGAAGUGUUAUUUCUUAUGAGAUUGUUUCAGUUACACAAUUUGAACCAAAUAUGUUUUGGGAUUCAAACAUAAACCAAGGAACCGG